CUCUCUCCCUCUCUUUCUCUCUCUAACAAAACCCUACUGUGGAAUCCUCCGUCUCUCUCUCUCUCUCUCUCUCUACCUCGUUGCUCGUCGGCUUCCUCUUCCGGCCGCCCGUUUCCGCCGCAGAUCGACCGAUUGCGAUCGCCGGCCGCCGCCCUCGGGGAAAUGGCCGGCGGCUCCGGGACCCCCAACCGCCCGGCCCCGCCGCAGGCGCCGGCGGCGGCCACCGGCCAGAUCUUCCAGCCGCCGAAGCGCCACCUCGCGUUCGCCACCACCAAGCCCCCGUUCGUGCCCCCCGACGACUACCACCGGUUCUCCUCCUCCUCCCCCGCCGACGCCCGCCGCUCCGCCGGCGCCGAUCACGAGGCCGACGCGAUCGUCGUCAGAUCGCCUCUACUCAAGCGUAAGAGUGGAACAGCAGAAAAUGAGGUGGCAUCUAGCAUGUGGAUUAACAGCCCUGGACAUGUCAAUGUUAUAAAUAGUCCAUUCCAGACACCUGUAUCUGCAAAAGGUGGAAAGGCUUACAACAGAUCAAAGGGAUCAAAGGCCAACAAGUCUGGUCCACAGACACCUUUGUCAAAUGAUGGAUCACCUGCAGCCCUUACUCCAGCAGGCAACUGUCGAUAUGAUAGUUCCUUAAGUCUUCUUACCAAGAAGUUCAUAAAUCUAAUAAAGCACGCAGAAGAUGGUAUCCUCGACUUAAACAAAGCGGCAGAAACUUUAGAGGUGCAAAAGAGGCGGAUAUAUGAUAUAACUAAUGUCUUGGAAGGCAUUGGUCUCAUUGAAAAGAAGAUAAAGAACCGGAUACGUUGGAAGGGGCUUGAUUCUUCAAGACCAGAGGACGCAGAUGUGGAUUUUUCCCGUUUGCAGGCAGAAGUUGAGAAACUUUCUCUGGAAGAACGGAGAUUAGAUGACCAAAUAAGAGAAAUGCAGGAAAAGUUGAGGGGCUUGGGUGAAGAUGAGAACAAUCAAAAAUGGCUCUUUGUGACCGAAGAAGACAUCAAAGGCCUACCCUGCUUUCAGAAUGAGACCUUGAUUGCUAUCAAGGCUCCACAUGGCACCACUUUGGAAGUACCGGAUCCUGAUGAAGCUGUUGACUAUCCACAGAGGAGAUAUAGGAUAAUACUGAGAAGCACUAUGGGUCCAAUUGAUGUCUAUCUUGUAAGUCAAUUUGAGGAGAAGUUUGAGGAGAUGAAUGGUAUGGAGCCACCCCCUAGCUUACCUCUUGCAUCCAGUUCUGGAUCAAGUGAGAAUACAGUAAGUGAGGCCGUGAAUGUGGAUAGCAACAGGAAUGAAAGUGAUCCUGAUGGCCUUGCCUAUCAAAUAUCCUUGGAUGCAAAUGCUUCACAAGAGAUCGUUGGAGGAAUGAUGAAAAUUGUACCAUCAGAUGUUGAUAAUGAUGCGGAUUACUGGCUAUUAUCGGAUGCUGACGUAAGCAUUACGGACAUGUGGAAGACGGACACUGGCGUGGAAUGGAGUGAAGUUGAUAUGCUUCACCCCGAUUUUGGAAUUCCUGAUGCGAGUAUGCCCAGGCCACAAACUCCACCAUCAGGAACUACUGAUGUGCCAAAUCCUGUUGACUCUGCCAAUGGGUGAGAUGAAGCUCUCUGAACGUGCAUUCUUUUCUGGCCUUCACGGUCCACAUUAUGCCAAAGCUACUGGAGUUGGGACUGUGAAACGCUUUUGAUUUACUAGAUGAGUUUGCACUCGACAAGCAUCUUCAGGAAGCUACUGACAACAAGCAGCGUAAUGCCAACUUUGGUGCCGUAACUGAGCUGUGGCUUAAGUGACUUAGGUGAGUAUGGAACUUGAUUGAGAUUUUUCAAGUGCCCCAACUGAAGUACCAGUUCAACUGCUGAGGCACAGGUAACCCACUCCCAUCUAGCAAAGCUUCACCUGUCUGCAGCAAUCUAAUUUGAAGGUGUCUAUUUAUGCGGACGGUGCGAUGGAUUACUUAUUGAAUCAAAGCUCACCCAUGUGUAUAAAUCCUGUCCAUGGAAAACAUAGCAUGAGGCAUUGGUUAGGAGUAGAAUCUCACUUAUUGAUGAAUGAAAGGUAAUUGGAAUUA